GAAAAAUGUAAAGCCUUGUACAGCAAAUGGCUAGAUUAUGUAGAUCAUUCACAAUACUGACUUCCUCCUCUCAGGAUGAGCAGUUUAUCUGCAGAUUAGUCUGGUUUCUGGAUUAGCUGGUGGGAUUACUUCCACCGUAAUGAAUGAGGAAUUUACAGAAGCAACUAAACACAAUUAUAAAGGUCCCCAGCCUUUGAAGAAGAGUCAGCGUUGGAAAAGAAACAAGUCACCCGAUGAAAUGUGACAGCGACGCGACAGAAACUGUGAGCGCUUCAGCACACGUAGGCCACUUCAGCGCCAGUUCCAGAAAUGUUGUCGCUCUGAUGAUGAUCCAGAAGGGUUCACGCUGAAAACCUUUCAGAUCAACUUUCCAUUUCUCCUUCGUUUCUGCAGCGACAGAGCUUUGCUUUAAGUGGCAGAUGUGAUGCUUCAGUAUGUGGAGGAGUUUAAAAAAAAAAAAAAAAGAAGAAGAAGCACCAGGCCCGUCUGCUGGGUUAAAGAGAAGCAGAUGGGUUAAAGGAUCUAAUGGGGCCACUCCUCGGUUAAGCCGGACCGACAGCAACUAGUGGCACUAAUGUAGAUGAAGUGAUAACGGAUGACUUCCAUUACUGCAUCGCUCUUCUGUCUCCGCUCUUUUAUGGUUUGGUGGAGGGGGAGAAAGGGGGACAAGACACAGCAAAGGAAGGGGAAAAGAGAUGCAGAAAAUGACACACUGGUGCGUAUCUCAACAUGAAGUAGAGGAAGAAACGGGAGGAACUGCAAAGAGAGAAAGAAAUGCAUUGUGAAAGAGUAGAUUAAGGUUUGCAGAAACCUCUAGGCCGGUGGGGGGGGGGGGGUCCUCAACUGGUCAGACAAACCCCUCCUGCAGGGCGCUAUUGUCCACCACUCACAGCUGUGCAAAGAAAGCUGAUUACAAAGGGCAGCAGGCUGUAUUUCUCUGCAGUUGAUCACCACAUGUUGCCAUUUUUUGCCUGAUGUCUCUCCCUGUAAAUUCCAGCCUUCGGAGAUUCACACUUUUCCCCAAUGAAACGACUUGCUUCUCUCUUUUUUUUUUUCUCCUUUUCUUUUUGUGAGGGUCUGAACUGUUUGUCUGCCUCGUCUUUCUGCACAAAUCCAGAUGCAGCAAAAUCCGCCCUCCCCGCAGCUCCUCAAAACGACUUGUCUAUUAUUAAAAGCUUUUAAAUGGAGCAGCGUGUUGGCUGACUACCAAAUCCAUUGCCCUGUUGCCAAGGAAACAACACAUUCGUGGCCGCUAGUCUUUUUUGCUCCUUUUUUUUCCCACCCCUCCCCUUCCCUUCCCUCGAGGCUCAUAUUUCAAGAGUGUCAGCAAUCUGGUGUGCUCACACUGCUGCCUUUCAGCUAAAAGCUUUUUGUGCUGCCAGUGGAGCAGAAUGGAGGGCAAAAAAGAGAGAGCGGAUGGGAGUGGUUAGCGAGGAGAGGGGGAGGGGGCUCGGAGGAUAAAAAGGCCCUCUCUCACCGUUGCCAAGGCAACUUGAUGUCACGGUGACAUCACGCAGUAUUAAAAGCUUUUAACCGGAUUUCUCUCCUGCCUUAGGCCCCAUUUUGAGUCCUCUUUCAGCUAGGCUAGGGGGAAGGGCAGAGGCAGGCAGGACGGCUGUGGCUGUGCAUGCUCUCUCACAUGUAUCCCUCCUUCCCUGCAGACUCAACCCAGCCCUUACAACAGUAAAAAGACUUUCAAAUUCAAGCUCUAAAGCUCCUAUCUUUGCAAAAAAAAAAAAAAGAAAAGAAAGAAAGAAAGAAAGAAAAAGAGAGAGAAACCCACAGCCAGCACAGGCCAAAAGAGAGACAUAGAGAGAAGGAAGCCAACUCCAAAAUGGCAGUGGACGAUAGUUUCAGCUACCUGAUGCCAGGCCACAGCGAGAAACACAGGCGGGCCCCGAACUGGACCGACGGCGAAAUGAAGGCCCUCCUGUACGUGUGGGAGGAAUUCCACAACGAGCUGAAAACCAGCAAGAGGAACGCCAAGGUUUACGAGAAGAUGUCCCAGAGGUUUUUCCAGCUCACCGGAGAGCAGCGCUUCAAAGAGGAGAUCAAGAUGAAAAUCACUAACAUGUCCUUCCAGUUCAGGAGACUGAAGGCCACAGCCAACGAAUCGGGGGAGACGCCGGACUGGCCUUACUACAAGGCCAUCGAGAAGAUCCUCUCCAAGCCUCUGGAGAACGGCAGGGUGAACUCGCUGGAGUUUCAGGCCUCGGCCGCCGGUCCCUCCACUUCGUCCCAGUCCACAGACAACCCCUUGUCCCACCAGUCGGAGGAGGGCGUGAUUGGAUUCCUGCCAGAGUACACUGGCUCCUCAGAUGAGAUGGAGAUAAAGCAGGAGCUGGACUCUUUGAGUUCAGACAGCGAGCACAUGCUGGGCUCCAGAUGUUCCUCUCCGCUCCUCAGCUCCCACCCCGUCUCAGCCAGGAAGAGACGAGCCAGAAAGUACCUGUCCCUCAAGAGGAAGAAGCUGCAGGUCAUGCAGGCCAUGCUCCAGCAGCACAAGAAGUCCAGCCAGGCGAUAGAGGAGACGUGCCGGGAGCUCCGACGAUCCAUGCACCAACAGAACCUCCUGCAGGUCCAGUGUCUGCAGCUGCAGGAGAGGAUGAUGAACCUCCUGGAGAAAAUGGUACAGCUCCCCAGCUCAGCGUCAGCGGUUUGGAGUCAGAGCGGGGCAAAAGAUCCAGGGAAACCGUGAAAGGGGCGGGAAAAAAAAAAUAAAAAAUCACGGAAUCUCCCAACGCUCAUAGGAAAAGCAGGUUCUUUCGUUCCAUGUCUCACCUGCAGUAUUACAUACAAAUUAGACAAUAACUGUUAUCACACCACAGAUAAGGACUACCAAAAAAAGAUACUUUCACCAACUCUGUGGGGGUGCCUGAAAACAAUGAUUAAAAGAACUAAAAGGACUUUGUUUAAAUUUUAGCAUCCACUGUAUGUUGGGUUACAAUAUAGUUAGUCUUUUUUUUUUAGCUUAGAACUAGUUGUGUAAAAUAUUUCUCAAUUACAUGCCAAGUAUCCAAUUAAAAUAACUACAAACAGUC